GGACUCCGGGCAGCGGCACAUCGGGCUGGACUCCGGGCAGCGGCACAUCGGGCUGGACUCCGGGCAGCGGCACAUCGGGCUGGACUCCGGGCAGCGGGACAUCGGGCUGGACUCCGGGCAGCGGCACAUCGAGCUGGACUCCGGGCAGCGGCACAUCGAGCUGGACUCCGGGCAGAGGCACAUCGAGCUGGACUCCGGGCAGAGGCACAACGAGCUGGACUCCGGGCAGAGGCACAACGAGCUGGACACCGGAUCACCAGGCGGAGCAGCAGGCACGGGGCCACCAGGCGGAGCAGCAGGCCCUGGGCCACCAGGCGGAGCAGCAGGCCCUGGGCCACCAGGCGGAGCAGCAGGCCCCGGGCCACCAGGCGGAGCGGCGGGCGCCGGGCCCCCAGGCGGAGCGGCAGGCACCGGGCCCUCAGGCGCAGCGGCAGGCACCGGGCCCCCAGGAGGGGCGGCAGGCACCAGGUCAUCAGGCACGACAACGGGCAUCAGCGGGCAUCGGGUCACCAGGCAUCAGGUCAUUUGGCUCGACGGCGAGCACCGCGUCAUCUGGCAAGGCAGUGGGCACCGAGUCACCAGGCA